AUGGCCCAAGGAGUCUAUUUGGGAUUUUUUGAUGUAACGCGGGUCUUCCUCCUGCUGUGCUCUGUCACAAGCUUGCUGCUGAUAGAUCACCACAGAGAUGCAGAGGAUGACCGGGAGCUCAACAAAGCCAUUUUGGAAAUGCUACAUAUCAAUAAAGUGUCUGCGAGCCAUCAGGCCCAGCCACAUCCCUACAUGAGGAGGAUCUAUCAGCGUCUGGACUCACUGGAGGCUCAAGACUUUGGGAGUUCAGAUGGCACACUAGUGCAGAGUUUUCGGAGUGUUUUUGGACCACAACACGCUCCUCCAGGGUGGAUCUGGUUCAAUGUCAGCAGCCUGAACCCCUCUAUGCUGGGUGCAGAGCUGGUUCUGUUCAGGAAAAUCCUCCACCCCCGUCCCAUCAGUGUGACUAUCACCCUGCACAGCGUCACAGCUGCACAUGGCGCUCUGAAGGAAAGUCCCGCUCUCGAGGAUAGGCUGCUGAUCCUGGAUCAGCGACCCUCAUCUGGAUUCGAUGUGUUUGAUGUGUCAGCUGUUCUGGCUGUGAAGCCUGUGGAGAUGGUGGGCUUUCAGCUGAGAUAUACAGACGAGAGUGGGAGUCUGGUCCUUCAUGAAGCCCUGACACAGAGUCUUUACUGUCUGAACAGAGGCUCUCUGAGUGAACCCUUACUGGUGCUUUACCAAGCACACCCCGUCCACAUCUAA